ACAUUUCCCAGAAUGCCUUGCGAGGCAGCAGCUGUGCGCUCCAGCAGCUUGCCCGCAGCAAACUGAUGAUAACACGCCGAACAAGGUGCAAUGAAAGAGCGCUGAGUUGUUGUGUUUUUCUAUUUCUUCAUCCAGAUUCCGGCUGCUCUGAUGGAAACGAUGUUCGGCUCUACGGAGUAGCACGAUGGCGGUCGAAGCUGUUCACUGCAACUUGAGCCAAAAUGGCAUCGACCACCAGCUGCGUCCCGAGGACAUGACUUCUCAGCUGGAGGAGGACGAGGAGUUGGUGGAUGCCGAGGCCGUCCUGCUGGACGACGACAGUCCGAGUUACCCGGACCUCCGCCGGCCUUCGUACCACCGCCGCUCCCCGCCGCACCGCUCCGUCUCAGAGUCCGAGCUGACCCGGCCUGGAUACGUGAAGCUGUCCAAACCAGUGGCUCUGUGGACUCAGCAGGAUGUUUGCAAAUGGCUGAAAAAGCACUGUCCCAAUCAGCAUCAGAUCUACAGCGACUCUUUCAAACAGCACGACAUCACAGGACGGGCCCUCAUGAGACUAACGGACAGAAAGCUGGAGCGAAUGGGGAUUAUCCACGAAGCCCAGAGGCAGCACAUCCUGCAGCAAGUCCUGCAGCUUCGUGUCCGCGAGGAAGUCAGGACUCUGCAGCUCCUCACACAAGCGUCUCUGGAGUGCUCUCCGUCUUCGCCGUAGACGGCUGGAUCAGAACCGACGCUCAGCGCCUCUCCUCCUCCUCCUCCUCACAUCCACCCAGAACUUCCUCCGGUCAAAGCUCCUCGCCUCGCAGGCCCGGUUUUCUCCACAAAGACCGAUCCUGGAAUAGAAGACCUUUCUUUUUUUGUUUUGUUUCUCCAUGCAUUCCUGAAAAUCCCCCUGCAGACGUCCUGCCGUCUCUUUUUGGCCUUUUUCAGUCCGGUGCUUCAACUUCCUUCAAGCCGGACUGAGAUUCUCACAGACUGCAGAGAUUUGCACACUUUAUUCUUGAAGGAACAUUAUUGAAGGAAGUUUUUGCACCGUUCACUUUGUAGCUGCACAAUAAUUUCAGCGCAUCUCCUCCCUGUGUCCGCCUGCGGCUCCAGUUUCUUCCUCUUCUGCUGCGCCCUCCUCUUCCUCUUCAUCCUCAGAGAGUGACGUGUUUUUCGUCGCCGCCGCCGUGUGUUUGUGCUCUGGUCUCUGUGUCAUUCUGUGAAAUGGCCCGUCACAAAGUGUUAGAUGAUGCGUGGUGAAGUGUCCAUGUCGCUCUAUGCUUUUUACUGUGUCCGUGUUCUGGACCAGGGGGCUGGAAAAACAGGUUCUGGGGUAAAAAACGGACCGGGUCGCCAAGGUCAGGGGGGUCCAAACUAUACAGGUUUGAUCCUCAGACUUUUUAUUUGUGAUCAGGAUAAAAAUGAUCGGAAACAUAAUUUUCUGACAGGAAAAUGUAAAGUACAACAAACUGUUUGACUUUUCAUAACUAAAAUCCAGAAACUUUUACUGAAAAGACUCAUUUGAUGCACUAAUUUGGCUAAAUAAAGUUGGGUAGAAACUAUUUACAUUUACUCAAAUAAAUUUUUUUAAAAAGGUACUUUUAGGAGUAUUUUUACGUUUUACUUUUACUUGAGUAAAAUGUCUGUUUUUUUCUACCCACUGAAUGAAAAACAAGCAAAAAUUCACCAUAAACAAAAACAGACCUGCAGUUUUUCUUAAAGUUUAUAAGUUUUUCAUUAAAAGAAACUGAUUUGGAAAAC